AUGACCGACACAGCGUCCAGCUCGGAAAGCACAUAUCGACAGAGCUUGCACCAGGCGCUGCACGCCUCACGCAUUCUCACAGGCGCUCUCGAUGACGAGCUGGGCAUUCAGAAGAGCACAAAGACCAUCAAGCUCGGAGCGCAACAUCAAGAGGAAAACCAAGCUGCGCUCAACGCCACGUUAUCCGAUCGACUAAAGCAGGCUGUUGCUGCCUCCGAUGACCUCUCUUCUUUCGAGACAAAUUCAGAUCCGCAGACGGCGACAGGUGAUCUGGCUCUGCACCUCUUAUCGCUCAUUCAUUCGUACUUGAUCGAGAAGAGGACGGACAUCGACUCUCGUGUCGCUGUUCAGGAUGAUCGGUUGUCGACUUCGUUGAAAAAGCAAGGCGUACAACCCAAGGAAGAUGUCGGGCUGGGUGUCAAAGACGUCAAGCUCAUCACUACGUUGCAAACUCUGGCUUCCAAGUGGGCUCUCUCGACCCGGAUCAGAGCGUACGAUGACACACUGUUUUCCCUCUCUCCGAAGGGCUUUUCAAGGGCACAGGGCAAGGAUAGCUCGACCAAGCUCACUCCACACAACCGUUUCGAAGAGGUCGACGAGGAUUCAGAAGCGCGAGACCGAGCUAGGGCAAGACAGGCGUUCAAUACAGCGCGGAACGAUCUGUAUGGCGUGCUAGGCAAGUGGACGGUCAUCGUAGCGGCGCAUAGUCCGCCCUCUUCCAUCGCAAUCGUGAACACUACGACAGAUGUAGUCACGGUCAUGUUGCGCGUCGGAAUCGUGGACUAUCUCUCAUCCCUUCUCCGCCUUGGCUUCGGCCCGAGUGUGACCUCCAACGCCUCAGCAGCAACUCAAAGUAGCUCGGCAACGACCAAAGAUGCGAUCCAGAAGCGUACAGCCGCCGCAACCACGCAGCUUCUCAGGUUCCUCUCCACUCACUCUGCCAUGUCAGCCCUCUCAUCGGUCAUUGCUCACUCGGACGCCAAGCGGGGCGCACCAUCCUUCGUCAAAGCUACCUCGUCACGUUUACUCAGCGCUCAGCUUCUUCGACCCGAUGGCGUUCGCUCGCUUUUCAUCAUCACUUUCGGCGGUGCCGACGCAGCAGAAGCAGCUGUCGAGCUCGAGGGACAGAGCCAAGAGACGGGCACAGCCGCGCCAGGCACCAACUCGCUCAGAAGAUUCGAGCAGUGCGCACGACUGCUCCUGACCCCACCACAGGGUUUGCCGGCCGAGGUGUAUCUGCCCAUCAUCCUGCCCAACUUGCUCGACGUGCUCGCGCCAGACCUCAGCGCAUCUUCGAACAUCACUCCACCGCCUCAAGAGCAAAUGCGAGCGGCCGGCUUUGUCUUGACUCGAAUCUCAGAACGACACCCUAUAUCGUUCUCUGAUGCCAUGCAUGACAGGGUCUACUCAAAGUUUUUCCCAUCGAUGGAGACGGCACGAGAGGCUUACACCGUAGGCGCGUCUGCAAACGCAGAAGCGGAUUCGAUCGUAGCAGUGUCGCCACAGCAGCUCGAUCGCGCCAUUUCGACUCUCUCGAGCUUCCUGCUCUUCUCGGAGCCAUCUCCUACGUUCUUGACGUUGCUUUUCGAACCUAUCCUGCCCCAACUUUUGACGUUGCACGAUCAUCUUCAAGUGCCGAAGCAAGCUGUUGGAAAGGGCAAAGUCAGAUCUGUUGAAUCCGCGGGUCAGACGGACAGGCUCAAGGCUGAGAUUUCCAAUUUUCUCAGGACGUGGGCUCGUCUGGUCGAUGCCAAGCACGGCGCUGCAUCCCUGCUACGCUCAAUCAAGUCAGCCGAAAAGGGCAUCGGUUGCGAGCAGUCUGCCUCCAACGAUGAGGGAUCGUCCUUCUUCUGGAGCAGUGAACCCGAUGGCAUGUCCAUUCGAUUUGGCACAGAUCCUAGCCAGGAGGGACAAGAUCUCUCGACGUUGCUCAAAGAUCUCAGUUUGGCUACGCUCGCCGACCAGCUCAAGACAGGCAAGGACGACGAGCUGGAUCUGACAAAGAUCGCGCCAGAUCUCUCGGCCAAGUUGGGAUUGCGACCUGAUCCGCGUCUGGUGGCAACGUUACUCAAGACGGCAGAGCGAAAAGACCUCGCUCGGGAUCUGUUACCUGCGGUUCUGAACGUUUACAUGGCGCAAAAGUCGGCUACCAAGGCUCGUGUGAGCGGAGAAGAUCAUGUAUCGAGUCUGGGAACCCAGUCGGUGCUUUAUUUGCAGCUGAUACUGCACCUUUUGGACGCAUUUGGUUCGGAUUUGCUGCAGGGCGAUGUGCCAGCAACGUUAGCUUUCAUCGACUUUUCGCUCUCGUCGCCGAGCCAACGGCAGGCGAUGCCGCAGCAAGACGAGGCAUCAGCAGCGCCGGAAGAGGCUGCAGGUGACGAUAUACCUUUCAUCUCAGCCAAGUCGUCGACCACCAAGUCUUCAGUGACUUCGCUCUUCAGCGUUGCCGCCGAGUCACCGACUGUGCUGUUGGACAACAAAGCAAUCGACAACGAGAGCGUCGAUGCGAAGGAGGAUGAUGAAGGGGACGACGAAGAGCUCGUCUCAACCGCGCUCAGUCUGCUUCUCUCGCUGCUCGAAUCCGACACAUCCCUCUCCAGCGAGACGCAGCCGAUGCUGCUGGUCAUCCAAGACAAGAUCGAGCAUCACCUCGACAGCAGCUCCUCCGAAAUUCGAAGCCUGGCAAAAGAAGCCAAACUCGUACUCCUUGCUCGUCGAAGUUCCAUACGCGGUCGUACACCCAACACCUCGCCGGCAUCCAGCGAAACCUCUUCGAAAGCGCUUGCCUACGCCCAAGCACAAGAGACGUACCAAGAAGCACUCAAACUGCUUCAAGACCCCAUCCUGCCCGUUCGCGCGCACGGGCUGGUGUUGCUGCGCCGCCUCGUAUCCGACGACACCAAGAACGGAGGCCAACAUGUGGACCGGGUCGAUCCAGCGCUCGUCCCCGCCAUCCUGGACAUAUUCCUGCACGCGGUGCAGGACGAAGAAUCGUAUCUCUACCUGAACGCCGUUCAAGGUCUGGCUGCGCUCGCGUCGAGUGGGGGUGGGCAGACGAUUUCGCGUCUUGUUGGGGUCUACAUCGGGCGAGACGACGGGCUAGCUUCUCAAGGCUUGGGCGGGAGGGAGGUGGAGAAGCGUCUUCGUGUGGGUGAAGCCUUGCUGCAGGUGAUCCAGCGAUGUGCCGAUUCCAUGGCUGCACACGUCGAUGCGGUGGUCCCACCGUUGUUGACGAGGUUGAGGGACAGAGCACUGCCAAACGUGCUGAGAUCGUCGUUCGUCUCGAUCCUGGGUACGAUGAUCGAAGCGGUGCCGGGGACGAUGGUGGUGAAAGGGUAUGCAUCGCAGCUUGCGCAGGUGUGCAUCGACAUCGUGGUGAUCGAGAUGGUGAGAAGACCAGAUGUUGGAAAGGAGGGAGCGGUGAAGCUCAAUGUUGCAAACAAAAGGGUGAAGGACAUGGACGAUGAGGAGAAGGAGAAGAAGGCGGAGGAGGAACAGAGGAGGUUGGAUAGUGCGACGAAUGCGGAUGCGAAGGUCGCACAUCUGCGGAGGGCGGCGAUGUUGUUGCUCACGCUGUUGGUGAGGGGGUCAAGGAUGCAGCUGGAGAACAGUGGAGAGGAUGGAAGCGUGGUGGAGAAGCUCUCGUCGUUGCGGUUGCCGGGUGGUGGUGUCCUGCCGAACGUCUCUGCUCCAAGUGACGGUUCGACUGAAAGAGGUGGGGAACCUUUGAAGGGAAAGAACUUGUUAUUCCCACCAGAGCUGCUGGGAAGACUCAAGCAAGUGGCAGGAUACGUGCAUGCGGAUGAUACGGAUGCUGUGGUACGAACGCAUGCUCAUGACUGUCUCGAGCACGUCGAGGCGCUCGAGCUGGAUCUUCUUCGAUUCGCUUUGAUCUCGCGCUGA